CUGCCACCCAGUGUGGUCGUCACUUCAGCUGAUAGAGCUCCGCAGUUCGCCAAGACCGUAUAUAUUUUCGACUGUGUGCAAAUAGGGUGUCUUCACAUCACAGGUCGUCUUGUUGCACACUGCACAGCCAUCAUGGCCAAUACAUGGCGUCAGUGUUCCAUUAACAUUACAAAUGAAGGCUCUACCUACGACUUCGGCAGUCCCUGUGCAUACAUGGUAAGUGGUGUCUGCACUGAACCUCUGCCACCGCUGAUGGAGUCAAAUUCAACUGGCAGUGCACUGUUCACCAAGACUCCCCACACUGCUAGAGGAGCUGUUGGCGUCUUCACUUACGACCUCAUCAACAAAUCUACAAAAAACACCACUGGGAAAAUUGCUGUCAUGUUCUCUGUGCCCUACGACUAUAACUGGUUCUAUAACUUGUAUGCAGUGGGAAUCUUUGAUAAGAGCCAAGCGUGUAAUUAUGAUCUUUAUCGACUGAUGUACUAUGACUCUAACGGCAACUUUGUCAGAGGUAAUGCAAGUGGUCCCAGUCUCACUCAUACAGAUGGUCAAGUCACCAUCAUGGCAACAAUGUCAGACUCAUGCCAGCCUAUCAUGAAGGUGGUAGUGAAAGACAACUGAAAUAAGAGAAUUGGGAAGUGCUAAAAUAUAGAUUAUCCUGCAGCACAUUCUGCUUUUAUAGCUAAUUCUGUGCCAAUGGCUAAUACAUAGUUCAUGUAUAGUCAUUUUGCUUAAUUUUGUUCUGAGCAAAAAUAAUUAGGAAUACAUGCUUAAGAUGUUUUCAUUGCUUUACAGUUUUACUCCACUGUUUUGUGUAAUAUGUAGAAACUGUAGUAGAACUGUUGAGUUUCAUUCAAAAGAAAAGAAAAAGAUGAUGCAUUUGAUGGAUUAGUUACAUGUGAGUAACAAGUAAAUAUGUAAUGCCAAACAGUUUAGUAAAGCUUUCAAAAGUA